AUGCCCUCUCCAUCUUCAUCUUCAUCUUCUUCUUCGUGUUCGACCGCAGUGCUCCCGCAGGCCAGUCUCGAACAGUAUUUGAGGAGCCGAGCAGAAAGGAAUCAGCGGACUCCCAAAUGUGCCCGCUGCAGGAAUCACGGCACCGUUUCGGCGUUGAAAGGUUGGCCUGGACGAUUUUUAUGUAGCGUUUUAGUGGGGGAACGAGGGAAUUCGGGUGCAUGAGGACGUGGUGAAACUGGAAAGUUUUGUUUUCGAAACAAGCGUAGGAAGUAGUAAUCUCUUGCGUUUAUUGUGAUGAAAGACAACGCGAAAAUGAGUUUAGAGUGACUCAUAAUCACGUUAUCCGAUUCAAGCCAAAGGUGGAUAUCGACUGUUAAAUUUUAGAGUCUCUCACCUUUGAAAUGUAACUGAAACAGCAAUGUAGUUACUACUUUGAAACGAGUCUCGAUUAGUCAGAAUUAGCAAAAAAAAAUUUCGAGGGCUUCCAUUCUGCGCAGACAUUCUUGCUGUUUCAUUGACAACACAUAGUUGACUACAGUUCUUCACCGCCUGUUUUCAAGGCAUUUUGCACAGCUGUCUGUAGAGAUAUCAAAAAGUGGUAAACUGAUAAAAUGUUCACAAUUUCUUAACCAACAAUUUAUCGGUUGACGACUUUUUGAUAGCUCAACACGCAGUUGAAAUAUAUCGUCUUGAAUAAACAAUACAUAGGACUUUCGGUUUUUUCGAUAUAUCUUCAGAAAUCGAACAUAGGCACCUCUGAUUUUUUGAUAAGAGUUCAAUUUUACUGGGUUCUUCAAAAUGAGCCAGGUCAAAGGUAAAUGUAAGGUUUCUGAGAGAAGUUACAGUUUCACAAUUUCCACUCCUCCGUAUGCUUUGCCGGUUCGUUAAUCAGAAAACCGCACUACUUCCCCGGAAAAUGUGUCCAAACUGAAACAGUAUUCAUCAAUUCAACUCAUUUUCUAUUCAAAUAUCACUGACGUUCAAUUUGACUCCUGAAAUGUCUGCCAGUUUGACACGAUUUCAACUGUAUUAUUUUCUUCAAAACGAACCAAGUUUCAGUGGAAAGUUAGCGCUUUACCGUUCAGACGGCCUGUGCUAUCUAUGAAGUUGUGACGAAACGAGAGAUGUGUGAUUUCAGGUCACAAACGUUUCUGUCGUUGGAAAGAUUGCAUGUGUGCAAAGUGUACUCUGAUAGCCGAAAGACAGCGUGUGAUGGCCGCCCAAGUGGCCCUCCGUCGGCAGCAAUCUCAAGAGGAGAAGGACGCGCGGGACCUGGAAUUACUGCUCGGCACCACUGGAAAUGGUAGGCUUUUUUCUCGUUUUUUUUUUCUGAAAAAUCCGCGCGAUCGCAUCAGCUUCAUUUUGUGAUGAGCAAAAACGCGUUUUCCCGAUGCAAAUAGUGGUAACAGUAGCUGAUGAGGUGUUCUUCUUUUAUGCCAUAAGCAUUGGGUAAUAUGAGCCUAAUGUGACACCUUCGUGCUACUUGUUACUCUUCUAAUAGUUCGCUCCGGGUCAUGUUUGUAUGCUCCUCGUCCUCUUCCAUUGUUCUCUCUUUCUCUCGCUCUCUCGCUCUCGUUCCGACUCUCUCUCUCUCCGUUUGCAGCAAAUGAACUCCUGGACAUUCUGCGCAGGGAUUCUGGAGACCAACAGCCUCAGAAUUUGGUGGCCGUCUCGCCGAAAACGCACAACAACAACAAUUCGGGUGAGUCGGGCGAGAGCGCGCUCUUCGCCGCACACACACCCACACACUACAUGUCAUCGCCUCGGAGAGCGCGAGAGAACGGCAGCACGAUGGCCGAGUGGUUAAGGCGUUGGACUUAAGUUCCAAUGGAAGACAAUUCCUCGUGGGUUCGAACCCCACUCGUGCUAGUAUCGCUUUUUGCUGUGCGCUCUUCUCGCCAGGUGCUCGCUCGCCACUAAUCCGGUAACGGUUGUGUAGAGUGAAGCAGCACCUGAUUGCGCAAGUCAAUUAGUGUGAGCACUGUAGUGGAGGGCAGGUGUGAACGAGGAUAAGCAAAUCGCUCACAAUAUUGAUGGGAUUAGUGGAAAAGUCAAUUAACCGUUCCUGACCUUUCUAACGCGUUUUUAACCUUUUAGAUGGAAAAGAGGAAGACCUCGUGGGGAUGCGAAGCUCGCCGAGCUCUCCAACGGGCUCCGAGAAGCUCGGGAGCACUUCCACGUCUCCGCCGGCCGCCGCUGAUGCCAAUCCGGUGGCGCCGCUUCCGGGCGGAUCGGUAUUCCGCGCGAAUGGAUUCCCGCCAAUGCAACUCUUCGGACCAAUGAUGUACAAUCGACAGUUUAUGCGGAUGCCAAGUGAGUUUUUUGUUUUGAGUAUUCCGCCCCAAAGUGCUCUCAAUCCAACUUUCAGUGUUUCCAGUCAUGCCGCACUUUGCGUUCGGCACGCCCGCAGCAAUUCCGGACUUUGCCUCGGCGGCCAGUCUCGCCGCCCCCGCGCCCUUUUUCAAUGCCACGUCAUCCGCCGGCACAUCAGGCACCAUCUUCCCGCAAACCGCGCCGCUCGACUGCAGCCAGAUUCUGAAGGGCGACGAGGCGGAGGAGGAGAAUCGCAAAAACGAGACCGUCUAA